CUGGGUAGUGUGGAAGGACAGGCUGGAGCUAGGUAGCUAAGCAGCUUUGCAAAUGGAGUUACUGAGGAUUCAAAACAGGACGUCUGCAGUCGUCUCCACUGUUUAUGUGUUGAACCACGUGAACACAAUAUUCGGCCAUUUAGGGCCAAGACAAAUGCCAGCCUUGUGGGGUGCGGCCUCACAGAGAGGCUGCUUGGGGGCCUUUGCAGAGGGCGGAUGAGCAGAGGGCAUCCUCCAGAGCCUGCUGUGGGACCCGGCUCUGAGGCCACCGGGCCGGUGGUGUCCAGACUUGGGUGUAGGCUGGGAGAAAGGGGAGGUUCCAGAAACACGGAGCAGGUGCAGCGGCAGAGCCGGGGGGAUGGGGUGCCGCAGAGGAGCAGGAGCAGUGAGGCUGAGGUCCAGGCUUGCAGACAUGUGGACCAUGUGUGUCCUGCCAGGUCUGUGGGUGUCUCGUCUGAGCCGCAGUUUCUAGGUUACCUGGGACCAUGGAUAACUCUCAGAUCAGCAACUUGUCAGUUGAUUUCCAAGCUGCUGUUGGCUGGACUCAGGCUCAGCAGGGAGCACCUGGGCGAGCCCUGUGCUGCGGGCUGGACUCAGGCCCGCCUCGCUGAUUCCUCUUGCUUUUGCUUUCCAGUGUGUCUUCAGGAGGUCAGAGUCCGCUUGUUGUUUCUUCAUGACCACGGGAGGAGGGGCACCAACAUGAGGGUGCUAGCAUCUUCCCAGUGGUGGCUUCCCAGGGCUGGGGCAACCCUGGGGGAGGGGUUGGGACAGGGACCUCUGUCUCUUGCUGCCACUGCCUGGGUCAACUGCCUGGCAGGGCUGGCCACUCGUGCUCAGAAGGCUGAGGCCUUACCUGCCUUCUCAUCUCACCCAGCGCUCAUGCAAGGACACAUCUGA